GGAGGAGGAGGUGGUGGAGGUUGAGGGAGAGGAGGAGGAGGAUGGAGAAGAAGAGGAAGGCGAGGAGGAGGGUAGGAAGAGCGGAGGAGGGAGGUCGGGGGCCAAGGCAGCAGCAGGCGGAGGUGGAGGCCGAGGCACUGUGGAGCGGUUUCUGAAGGCCCUCUCCCGCACCCUGGACGCCCGCGCCCCCCAGCUGGCCGCCUCACGCGACACGCGGGGGCCCCUGUCGUACGCCGUGCGGGUUUGGGCCUCCACCGCCCCCCACCUCGUCACACCGCGACUGCUGGAACUAGCAAAGGGUGGCGGGGGCGGGGGCGGUGGGGGGGCUGGUAGGGGCUCGGCAGGGGACAAGACCUCCUCCCAGCUGCAUGCUCCUCCUUCCCGACAGCAGCUCCUGCCCGGAGGAGGAGCAGGAGGCGGGGUAGCCCUGCGUGAGGGUCCAAAUGUGAGUGAGCUGCAAAAGGACGUGUACCGGCGCCUGGGGGAGCUGGGCUACCGGCCCCGGAUGGAGGAGCAGGUGGGCAUGUGGUCUGUGGACAUGUGCCUGCGGGUGGGGGGGGUACGGGUGGCGGUGGAGGUGGACGGGCCGUACCACUUCACCACCAGCUCCCCGCAGGUGCCGUUAGGGAGCACACGGGUGCGGGAUGCGUGUUUGCGGCGGCUGGGGUUGCGGGUGGUGGCGCUGGAUUACCAGAGGUACGGGAGGUUGGAGGGGGCGCAGCGGGGGCGGCUGCUGCGGAUGCUAGUUGAGAG